AUGGCCGGCGACGAUCAACCGACUGCGCCGCAAGGCCUGACGCUUCCCAACUCGGUCAGUGGCAAGCCCGUCCAGGCCGCCUGGUCUACGCCUCUUUCGCCCGCCGACAACCCCGACGACAAAUCAAGCUCGAAGCAGCGGCCGACGAUAACAAACGUGGUGGCGAGCAUCAAGACGGAGGACUUUGCCAACGUGGCCAACGCACCAUGCGCCCGUAACGGCUUCAUGACGGGCAUAGUCACGGGUGCAGCCGCAGGAGGACUGAAACUCGUGGUCAGAGCAAACUGGGUAGGGGCCGCCAACUGGGCCGUCGGAAUGUUUGUGGUGGGCGCGACAGCGUCCUACGAAUAUUGCCAAUACAACAGACGAGUUGAAAAGAGAAACAUGAAGCGCGCGGUCGAGGUACAUGCUGAAAAUCAGCGCAUGCAAGCAAAGAGGAUCGCAGAGCAAAGAGAACUGGCGCGGAAGCUUGAAGAGGAGCGCAAAGCUGCGGGACGAAAAUGGUAUAAAUUUUGGUGA